CAAAGAGUCCUUAGUUACCAACGGCCAGAGCCACCACGAUGUUCCCAGCGUACGGCUCCCAGGUCCCUCCGGUCCCACGGCUGCUACAGCCGUUCAUGCUCCCCCAAGUCUUCUUUCCCCCAGGCUCAGCCCCGCUGUGCCCACCACCCGUACAGCAGCAGCCCCUCCCUGCAGCCUGGGCGCCCCCCCAGGCCCCACCAGCAGGGCUGCAGAGGGCACCAUGCGGCUGCUGCUUUGACCCCAGAGUGUUCAGCGUUCAAUGGACCAUCCCCUACAACCACCAGGGCACAGCGGUGGCUGCAGCCACUCCAGUGCUGCCAAGUCAAGGCUACCAGCAGCUUGAGAGGCAAUUCGCACAUCUGAGCGUCGCCAGCAAGGUCACCACGGCAGGGACACCCCUAGGCGGCUAUGUGCCCCCCAGCUGCUCGGCUGCCACCCCCAACAAAGCUGCUGGGGACCCCACAAGCCACCUCGCGGUCCCCGACAAGAUCCUUCUAGAAGAUGCCCUGAAGCUCUUUGGUUGCUCCAUGGACAAGGAGUGGGUCAGCAAGGAAGAACCCAAGCCUGAUGAGCCCGGUGUUGCCAUCGCCACCAUGCCCCAGCAGGACUUUAGCUCGCUGGCGCUGCCUGAGGACCUGCUAACACCCGACUACAGCGUCCCCGAGAUCAGAGCAGCCGUGCUGAGCAUGGAGGAAUUCUACAUCCUGGGCACGGAGCCCCCCGAGCUGUGGGGCGCAGGGAUGGAGCUGCCACGGUGCCAGGCUGCCCCGGCAGAGCAGCGGGGGUGCGAACGGAGGCACAAAGCGGGGCACAGCCCCUAGUCUGAGCCCCCCAGCAAGUGCAAGGCGUGGGUGGCAGGGGGGGAUUAAAC